AUGUCGACGCCAUCCAACACGAAUGACAACGUGGACUUUGACGAGAACAAUGAUCUGUCAACUCAAAUUGUGAAGAGUGUGGCUAUCGAGGUACCCCACGGGGACAACCGUGCCAAUUUUGACGGUCCUGGCACCUCACAUGCAGAACUCCUGGCGGAAAUCCGCCGGCUUUUUCUGCGGCUGGAAGCUGUCGAAUCACAGUUGUCGCGUGAAUCUUCUGAGGAUGAAGCUUAUCAAGGAGUGGACUAUACCAAAGCUGUUGAGGUGGAGCCAACUGUGGGCUCAAGAAGGAUGUCUGGAAGGUCAUCCUUGGACUCCGCGCCCACGAAGGACAAAGAAAUGAAUGGCACAGAUGGCAGCUUUGUCAGGAAGUCCAACAAGAAGAAAGAGAAAACCACUCCGGUGCGUUUUGAAGGCAGCGCUUGGAACAUUCCGCUUGUGAUUGGGCUGGCCGAUGUGGGAUGGAUGGAUACCUGCUCAGCCGCCUUCAUCGUCCUGGCGAACCUUGGGAUGCAGACGGCUUUCUCAGGCCUUUUGAUCUCUGAGCCUUUCAUGGGAGAAAGCUUCGACUCGAACUUGGAGAGCGCAAGGAUAUGGCGAAGGAGUGUCGCGCAUGACGAUGCCUACAUCGAUCUCUCAGGUGGGACAGCGGUAGUUGAUGCAUGCACAGGCCUGGUUUCUCGAGUGUGCGCUGUGGACGGCGCACUGAUCCUGUCAAACAAGCAGGCAACUCUCGUGAAGCAGAUCAAUGCCUUCCUGGGCAUCAACAAAGCAAACCCUCUGACGCCGCAGCUCUUCCAACCAGGUGUUCUGCUAUGUAUCCUUUGCAUUCUUUUGUGGACGCUGUGCGUGUACAAGGAGAUUCGUGGUGUUUGGUUGUUUUUGGAAGCCACAAUGCAGAUUCCGCGGGCGCGCUGCACAUCAUUUCAGAACUAUGCGUUCAGCCAAAUCUCAUACCGUCGGUAUUGCUUGCUCCUGUGGACCUAUGCAGCUCGGGCAGCCAUUGCAGGAUGGCUCUUGGUGGCUGGUGUCUUGUGGCUCGCCCGCACCACUUCAAUCACGGAACUCAUGCUCAACGCAGUUGCGCUCAAUGCCAUUCUGGCUGUUGACGAGUUCCUGUUUUCCUGCUUGACUCCCAUCAAAAUCCAGCAUGUCAUACAGACUCUAGACCCGAUACAGGUCAAGUACAGCCGUCGACGCAGUCAAUGCGAAACGGUUACGCAUUUUACCUUUAUCUCAGCUGUUGUUUUGCUGGCCUAUGUCUUGUUGGUAGGCCCCUUGACUGACACGAUGCAAGAGGUCAAGAGAGAGCUGUGUGGCGGCAACCAGACCUUCGUAGUGACCUACAACCGAGAUGCGCAGUUGACAUACGGGCUUGUGACGAACAAAGCAGCGGCAAGAAACGACGGCCAGCUUUCGACCAGCGAGCUUGCUGUGAACUUCGAAGAGGACCGAACGCGUGGUAUGAGUGGGGAGUCGUCAAACUGGCCCUUCUGCAUUGAAACUAAUCUGCUGAUGGAGGGCACCUUGACCGGGAAUGCCAAUCUGCAGCCUGCCGCAGAAGUGAUGCUACGAAAUGCUGGCUUGGCACUGGGGUAUCAAAUGGUGUCAGACUGUGCCCAGCUUAGCCACAUGUGUGACAGCCCCAAUGCCAGCUUGCUACGGCUGGUCUGCGGUGCGACAUGUGGAUGCACCGAUGCUGUUUCUUCACCUUUCUACAAGGUUCCUGCGCAAGGGUGCAGUCAGGCAUGUUUGCAAGAUGCAGAGGACAAGCUUGCGAACCUCACGUGUGAGAACAAUGAGACAGGCAGAAAUUGGGACACCUUCUGGAACACGUACGAAGCCGCCCUGACAGGAUACUAUGGAGAAGAAAUGACGCAGACAUCCGUUUGGAACACAGUGACUUCUACCGUCCAGGGUAUGCUGCGUCAUGGUUGUGGCUAUCUUGAAGUUGAGCCCCAGGACUUCGUGACCGGAGUAAAUUGGUGUGAGGGAUUGCCAGACUUGUUUAAGCCCUUGGCCCACAUUUGUCCGAAGACAUGCGGCUGUAAUGGUUUUGCUGCAGAUGAGUUGCCCAGCUAUUGCCCUCUGAGAUGUGGCGCCUGA